AUGGAUACAUCAAUAAUACAAGAAUGGAAUCAUAUAUUAAGAUCAACAUAUAGUAUAUGUAUAGCAGAUGGAUGGUUUGAAAAGUGUGUCAAUCAUAUCUUGAAGAAUCAUUCUAGGUAUAGUUCAAAUACAAGAUUAUUGACAGAUCAGACAAGUCUCAAAAGAGAAAAGGAUGGUGUAUUGGAAGAAGUAUACAAAUGUGUAUUGUUGUCGGAUAUACAUGACUUUGCAGAUCAAUCAAAUCUAUUCAUCAAUGAUGCAACUUCGACGCGAUGGAAUGAUCAUACAACCAAAGUACAACAAAUGACUGGUGGUCCCUAUUUUAUGCAAAUCAAUCAAACCAAAAACAUAUCUGAACCAUUUGAAACUAGGUUUGAUCAUGAUGCAUCAUCAAUGAGAACUCUAAGCUUUCAACUUUCAGAUGGAAAACAUACCUUUAAAGCAAUAGAACAUACUUUUAUCUCUUUCAUUUCUCCUCAACUUGCUCCUGGUACAAAGGUAUUAUUAAAAGAUGUACCAAUUAGAAGAGGUUUAUUAUUACUAGACAAUAAUAAUAUAAGAUUAUUAGGUGGUAGUGUAGAUAAACUUUCAAAUUCAAAUAUUAUUGAUAAACAAAUUAUUCAAAAUCAAAUUAAUAAUAAUAAUCAAAAUAAUAAUAAUAAUAAUAACAACAAUCAAACUGCUACUAAUAAUAAUAUAAAUAAUAAUAAUAGAAGUAAAAAUCAACCAAUAACAAUUAAUUAUCAAAAUGAUAAUGAUCAUUAUGAAUAUGAUGCAAAUGAUUUUAUGGAUAUGGGUGAUGAUCAACCAAUGGAUAAUGAUAAUGAUGAUGUUUUUGGAUUAAAUCAACGUCCUCCUCCAACUCCGAGUAGACCAAUAACAAAAGCCCCAACCAUUUCAUUAUCAAUAUCAAAGAAAACAGCAACAACAACAAACAAGUCACCACCAUUAUUAUCAUCAUCAUCAUCAAAAGAAAAAGAAUAUCAAUAUUGUUAUAUAUCAACAUUUUUAGAUCAACAAUUACGAGGAGGACAAACUAGUACAAAAUAUUUAAAAACUCUUGGAAUCAUUACUGGAUGUACAAAAGACAAGGAUGACAUUUUAGUUACCAUAUCAGAUGGUACUGGUUUAUUACAAGUAAUACUUUCAAAUAAUGUAAUUAAAUUAUUAACAAACAAUCAAAAAGAAGAUUUAUCAAAUGUAUUACAAAAAACUGAAGGUAUAUUUUCAAUUACAAUGCCAUCUUUAACCAAUACAUUUGGUACAUUGGAUAAUGUAAAUGAACCCGAUGAAACAUUUAUUUCCUUUUUAGAGAAUGAAUUGAUUGGUUGA